GUUUCAUGGAACAAACAGGGAGGUGAUCAUUUUCUAAGUAUAGGAACAGAGAUAUGGGUUCAAGACUCCAAUCUGGACAUUGCCCACUAUUCUUGGCCAGCUGGUGUCAGCGACUGGAACUUGGUGUUCAAGGAAGUCCGGCUGGAAGACAGUGGACUUUACGAAUGUCAAGUUAUCUCCACAGAGAAAAUGAUCUGGCGAGUUCAGUUAAAUGUCAUAG